AUGUUAAAUAUAUUCAACCAGACGGGAGUGAAUGUAUCUCUAAUUAUCGAGACUGUGGAUUUAGAAACAUAUUUUUCAGAUUCCAUGAAAAAUCUGUUUAUUUUGCUGAUUUCUUUGUUAAUAUUUGUCACAAUUUCCGGUAAUUUUCUUGUGAUGUUAGCUUUUAUUAUUGACAGGAGGCUCAGAACACAAAGUAAUUUCUUCUUACUGAAUCUGGCCAUUUGUGAUUUUUACAUUGGGGCUUUCUCUACACCUUUAUAUUUACCAUAUAUGCUCACUGACAAGUGGACACUUGGAAGAAUGGUCUGCAAACUCUGGUUAACAAUCGAUUAUACAAUGAGCACGGCUUCGGUAUUUAACAUUGCCCUUAUCAGUUAUGACAGAUUUCUUUCUGUAACCAAGGCAGUUUUAUAUCGCUCCCAACAAAACAAGCAAAGUCAGACUGUUCUUAAAAUGGUGACUGUCUGGGUACUGUCUUUCCUUCUCUACGGCCCAGCCAUACUGUUCUGGGACAGAAUUUUUGAAAUAAAUAAUAUCCCUGAUAACAGUUGUGUGGCUGAUUUCUUUGAUGUUUGGUAUUUUAAUUUUGGAACAUCUAUUUUCGAUUUUGUGCUGCCUCUGAUAAGCAUUUCAUUCUUCAAUCUAAGCAUCUACUGGAACAUAAGAAAACGGAGCAGAAAGAAGAGACAGACUUCUACACCUGUAAAUGAAAAAUACAAGUGUCCAAAUAUCAUAGCAACUGACACAGUCCUUUUUGAUUCACAAUUACAACAGAAUGAGAAUGUUAACGCUCCUGUAAAGAAAAGAUUUAAGACACUUUUAAUGCAUAAUUUUCACUGUACGAUAGUUUACUUGUCACCAACCAAGAACAGAUUGAAUACACAUGAUGUUCAAAUCAUGCAACUCUCUCGGGAUAAAAAAGUUGCUAAAUCUCUUUUAAUUCUGGUGUGUGUUUUUGUAAUUUGUUGGGCUCCAUACUCCCUUCUGAUUACUAUAGGUAAGACCUGUAAUGAUUAUUGUAUAGAUUCCAACUGGUAUAAGAUCACAGUCUGGCUGUUAUAUAUGAACUCUACAAUCAACCCUAUACUUUAUCCUCUGUGUCACAAGAGUUUUAGAAAUGCUUUCACCAUGAUGUUCAAAGUAUGUCUAAAAAAAAGGUAA